AGUAAGUUCUGCUUGCUGGCGACAGCGAAGUUUCUAGGCAUAUUUGAAGCAGGGACAUAACUUAUUGAAUAACCGAUUUUGUUAUAUACUUUUUAAUUUUUUUUUUUUAUCACGGACAACCACGUUAGCAUCCCCGGCUCGAUUGCAGUAAGGUUCGCUUUAAUAGCGUGAUGGUUUUUACCGUAGUGAAUUUGAAACGUAAAAAGAAAUGUUACCUUUAGCUUGCUAGCUACGUAACGCGUUGGCUAGCAAGGUUUUAAAAAGAUGUCGUCCUGGGAUAUCAGAAAGGUAUACUUGUACAAGUUACCACCGGUUGUGCUGUGCGACUUCUCCCUUGUUAUGGACAGUAUCUCCGAUGUGGACUGGGACAGAUUCGCGUCCCAUGUGUUGACCGACCAGACUGACAGGCGUCUGGCUGAGAGAAGAGAGAGACGGACAGACUGGGUGAUGAAUCACUGGGCUCAGAGGAAUGGAACAGUGGGAGAACUACUGAACGUACUGGAGAAGCUGCAGCUGUUAAGAGCUAGAGAUAUCAUCUUGAACUGGAAGCCCAGUGGACAUCAACCCUCUUCCACUCCUCUUGGUGCUCCGUCGCAGGAUAAACUGGAGCCUCUUGUUCCUCCAUCUCAUCUCUUCAACCCUCCUCCUAAAGUCCAUCCGACCAACACUCUGACCACUAAGGCUUACUCUCCACCGGGACUGAGGUGUCUGCCCAAACCUGGCCCUCCACCCUCUGGUCUGAAAUCACAGGACCACAGAGGGGCGUUUGUAGACCAACAGUGGUCCAUCUCCAGAGAUCCCCUGCUGUCCAGCGCUAUGUGUUGGCCGUUUGAGGAAGUCCAGAGAGGAACAGAGGACUUCUCCCAUGCCAAGCAGAUAGGAGAGGGGGGGUUUGGACAUGUGUACCGGGCUACCAUGAGGAGCACUGACUUCGCUGUCAAGAAACUGAAAGAGAACUCUCCACUAGACUGGAGCGUAGUGAAGGAGAGCUUCAAGACCGAGGUGGAGAAACUAUCACAAUACAGACAUCCCAAUAUAGUGGACUUUGUGGGCUACAGUGUUGGACAAGGAACCUACUGUCUGCUCUAUGUCUUCAUGCCCAACGGUUCUCUGGAAGACCAGCUGCACAACCAGGCCAGUGCUGCCCUCUUCUGGCCACAGCGUGUCGGUGUGUUGCUGGGCACAGCCAGAGCCAUUCAGUUCCUCCACUCAUCCUCUCCGCAGCUCAUACAUGGAGACAUCAAGAGCUCGAACAUCCUACUAGACGAGCACCUGGAGCCUAAGCUGGGGGACUUUGGCCUGGCCCGGUUCUGCUGUAGCUCCAGUAGUAGGACAGCUGGUAGAACCACCACGGUAGCCUAUACCAAGACAGUGAGGGGAACACAGGCGUACUUACCUGACGAAUACCUCAAAACAGGAGCGUUGGGAGUAGCCAUUGACAUCUUCAGCUUUGGAGUGGUGCUGCUGGAGGCCCUGACUGGUCGUAGAGCUUUAGAAGUGGACCCCAGCCAAUCCAAAGCUGUCUACCUGAAAGACCUGGUGAAGGAGGCUGAAGAUGACGACGGAGGUCAUCAGGCCAGAGGGAGGUCAAAGAGGAGUUCAGAGAGAGUAACCCAGGAACAGUCUAGUAUUCCUCCAGCCGUUACACAUAUCUGGCAGAAGCACCUGGACCCUAGACUGAUGGUGAAAGGGACGGGAGGCUCUCUUUCUAGCCCAUCCACGGUGUGUACGGCAGGUCCAGGCUCCCCUUCUCCGGCCCCACAUGGCUCCCUGGACCUGACUACUCUAGCCUGUCGCUGUCUGGAGGCCCGGGGGAAGAGAAGACCCCCCAUGACCGAGGUAUUCCAGGUGCUUCAAGACAUCCGUACCAGUUUGAAGGCCUCUGACAAAGCCGUGUCCUCCUCUUCUCCUCCUUCUCACCAGUCCUUCCCCAAACCUCCUCAAUCAUCCAUAGACUCAUGUAUAGACUGCCUUACAGACGUUCUGUCAAAAGUGGGUCCACUGGAAGACACGUACCACUGCCCUCCACAUCCCUACUCCAUCUCGCCUCACCCGUCCUCGGUCCUCCCUCCCUCCUCCUCCUCCUUCCUUGGUCCAUGUGAAUCAGACGAGAGCCAAGGUUAUUCCCAGUACUGUGCUCCUCCCUCCCAGCUCCCCCAUAGUGACACCAGAUCAGAGCCCCAGACCUCCGUGCCGUGUGGUUGGUCUUCACCAGCCAGACGGUUACGCUCCAGUUCACCGUGCUCAGCGUCAGAUGCUGAGAUGAACCCACAAUGCCGAGGACCAGAAGAGAGUGAUGAGCUUGACUACCUUUCCGGUGAGGCCAGUGAGAGUCGAGCCAACGCGCCCAGACAGACCAACGCUCACAACUAACAACCCAGUCUACCAUUACACACUGCAGUCUACCAUUACACACUGCAGCCUACCAUUACACACUGCAGCCUACCAUUACACACUGCAGUCUACCAUUACACACUGCAGCCUACCAUUAAACACUGCAGCCUACCAUUACACACUGCAGCCUACCAUUACACACUGCAGCCUACCAUUACACACUGCAGCCUACCAUUACACACUGCAGUCUACCAUUACACACUGCAGCCUACCAUUACACACUGCAGCCUACCAUUACACACUGCAGCCUACCAUUACACACUGCAGUCUACCAUUACACACUGCAGCCUACCAUUACACACUGCAGCCUACCAUUACACACUGCAGCCUACCAUUACACACUGCAGUCUACCAUUACACACUGCAGCCUACCAUUACACACUGCAGCCUACCAUUACACACUGCAGUCUACCAUUACACACUGCAGCCUACCAUUACACACUGCAGCCUACCAUUACACACUGCAGCCUACCAUUACACACUGCAGCCUACCAUUACACACUGCAGCCUACCAUUACACACUGCAGCCUACCAUUACACACUGCAGCCUACCAUUACACACUGCAGUCUACCAUUACACACUGCAGCCUACCAUUACACACUGCAGCCUACCAUUACACACUGCAGCCUACCAUUACACACUGCAGUCUACCAUUACACACUGCAGCCUACCAUUACACACUGCAGCUUACCAUUACACACUGCAGUCUACCAUUACACACUGCAGCCUACCAUUACACACUGCAGCCUACCAUUACACACUGCAGCCUACCAUUACACACUGCAGCCUACCAUUACACACUGCAGUCUACCAUUACACACUGCAGCCUACCAUUACACACUGCAGCCUACCAUUACACACUGCAGUCUACCAUUACACACUGCAGCCUACCAUUACACACUGCAGCCUACCAUUACACACUGCAGCCUACCAUUACACACUGCAGUCUACCAUUACACACUGCAGUCUACCAUUACACACUGCAGCCUACCAUUACACACUGCAGCCUACCAUUACACACUGCAGUCUACCAUUACACACUGCAGUCUACCAUUACACACUGCAGCCUACCAUUACACACUGCAGCCUACCAUUACACACUGCAGUCUACCAUUACACACUGCAGUCUACCAUUACACACUGCAGCCUACCAUUACACACUGCAGUCUACCAUUACACACUGCAGUCUACCAUUACACACUGCAGUCUACCAUUACACACUGCAGCCUACCAUUACACACUGCAGUCUACCAUUACACACUGCAGUCUACCAUUACACACUGCAGUCUACCAUUACACACUGCAGUCUACCAUUACACACUGCAGUACCUAGACAAACAAAGCCACGUGGAUGCAAUCUGUGUAUCAUACAUUGCCCAACAGUCAAUAUUGGCUGUUAUGCAAGUUCAGUUUGGGAAGAGCAAAGCAAAUGUUGAGUUACAGGAAAAAAAGCAGGAUUGGAGUAUGUUCCAUUUUUAUUUAAAAAAAACAAACUAAAGCAUUGCGGUUUGGUAUCGUGAAUGUAAUCAACCCCAAAUCCAAUCAUUUUCUUUCACACAUCACUAGUUCUGUUUUACAAUUUGUACAAUGUAUCUUUUAGAUAAUUCAGACAACUGUAUGAUUUCUAUUUGUACAAUUUAAUGUCAAGGUUUUCAUUAAAUAAACUUGAACUGGACUGAC